AUGGAUUCCUACAUGGAAUAUUCAUCAUCACCAUCUGAUUACAAAAGCAGCACAGAUGGAGAAGGAGAACCGGAAGUGAUGCUGGCUUCUCAAAACCCGAAAAAACCAGCCGGAAGGAAGAAAUUUAAGGUGACGCGACACCCGGUUUAUCGGGGAGUAAGGAGUAGGGCCAACGGGAAAUGGGUGUGUGAAGUCAGACAUCCAGCCACACAAGAAAGGGUAUGGCUAGGGACACAUCCAAAUGCUGAAAUGGCAGCCAGGGCACAUGACGUGGCGGUUUUAGCCUUACGUGGCCGGUCCGCGUGUUUGAAUUUUGCUGACUCUGUAUGGCGGUUGCCUGUUCCUGAGUCUAAUGAUAUAAAAGAUAUACAAAAAGCCGCGGCUGAAGCCGCUGAAGGUUUUCGGUAUUCCGAGGAGAUUGUGGCGGAGAAAAGUCAAGAAUUUGAUCAUCAGUCGCCGGAAAAUGUGUGUUGCAUGGAUGAAGAAAUGCCGGGAUUUCUUGAUAGCAUGGCAGAAGCGUUAAUGUUACCUCCUCCACCUCAUAUGGUUGGAUAUGGUAACUAUAUGGAUGACGUGGAACAUUUUGAUGAAAUGUCCUUAUGGAGCUAUUAG